AUGGAGCAGGAGGGUUCAGCUGAGUUCCAUGUCCCCAGCCUAUCCGAGCCCUGCAAGACCUGGUACAAGGUCAUGGGGGACAUCCAAUCAUCCACAACACCGUUAAUCAUACUCCACGGAGGUCCUGGAGCAUGCCACGAGUACCUACUACCAUUGACCGACCUCGCGCCCUCCGUUUCGCUCAUCUUCUACGACCAGAUCGGCAAUGGGAGGUCCACCCAUCUGCCGGACAAAGCCGGAGACGAGGCCUUCUGGUCCGUGGGUGCGCGCGGCCUAUUCAAAGACGAGCUCGACAACCUCCUCUCGCAUCUGGGGCUUCAGGAGCGACCCAUCGACAUCUACGGGCAUUCUUGGGCGGCAUGCUGGCGACCGAAUGGGCGGCGACGCCCUCGAGGUCUCCGAAGCUGA